AGUGGGCGACUCCCUCGGGCCUCGGCUCCUGGUCCGUUCCGCUUCCGCACCCCGCUUCGACCAACCAGUCGCCGCCGCGUCGCAUCGCCUCCUUUUCCCCCUCCCGCCCGGACGGCGGCCUCGCCUCGCCAGAAGAACCCAGGCUGCAGCCGAAACCCCAGUCUGCGUCAUCCGACCCGCCUCGACGGCCCAGAUCCACUCGCCCUCGUGCCCCUCACUCCCUCGCCUCCUCCGCGGCCGCGGCUCCGCGGCGAGGACAGCUGCGGGGCCAUUUCUAGGCGGGAGCUAGCGAGGGCGGCGGGGCUAGCAGAUUGGUUGGUUUCCAGUGCUUGUGCCCCGUUCUACGAAACGCCCCGCCGCGGCGAUGGGGUGCUUCCAUUCCACGGCGAAGCGGCAGCACCCUGGCUACGAGGACCCCGUGCACCUCGCCUCCCAAACCGCCUUCAGCGUCAGCGAGGUUGAGGCUCUAUUCGAGCUGUUCAAGAGCAUAAGUGGUUCGGUGAUUGAUGAUGGCCUGAUCAACAAGGAAGAAUUCCAGCUAGCAUUGUUUAAGAAUCAGAGGAAAGAAAAUCUUUUCGCUAAUCGGAUAUUUGACCUUUUCGAUGUCAAGAAAAGGGGUGUCAUUGAUUUUGGUGACUUUGUCCGAGCUCUAAAUGUGUUCCAUCCAAAUAUCCCAAUGGAAGAAAAAAUUGAUUUCUCGUUCAAGCUAUACGAUAUGGAUGGCACAGGGUUUAUUGAACGGAAGGAGGUUAAGCAGAUGUUAAUUGCUCUCCUAGGAGAAUCAGAAAUGAGGCUAUCUGAUGAGAUCAUUGAGACAAUCCUGGAUAAGACAUUUUCAGAUGCUGAUGCAAAUCAGGAUGGCAAAAUAGAUAGAACAGAAUGGGAGAAUUUUGUCACAAGAAAUCCUUCCUUGAUGAAGAUAAUGACUCUGCCAUACCUCAAGGACAUAACAACUACAUUCCCCAGCUUUGUGUUUAACUCCGAAGUGGACGAUCUCGUCACGUGACGACUAUUCUCUCGAUGUAUAGUUAACAAGGAGUUUUUUCUUCCCUCAACCACAAAAAGGAGAACCUGUGGAGGGUUACGAGUGGAGAUUUCCAGCUUUCUCUGGCAUUAUGAAUGGAGGGUAUAUUCAUGCGGCUACCAGGAAGGGUGCGUCAAAUUGGUUGCCACAGAUGUACGUGACAAGCUGUAGUUUUCACACAACGAUAAUGAUGAUGCUUUUGUGUUGGUGAUGAUUGAGAGUUAGAGUUAGUAUGCAGAGAUGAACAUAUUUCAUUUUUACCGGUGGGAAGUCUCUGUUUUGUUUGUGAAACUGCGAUGUGCUUGUCUGUACUGAUCAAAUCUGAUUCUCGUCGUCGUAGUACUGCUUGAUUCUACUCCUAUUUUAGACAAAUGACUUGGGGGUGGAGUGGUUAAAGGAGCUACACGAGGACACAGGUCUCAGAGUUAAAUCUCCAUCGCGCAGGGUGUGGAUUUUCGCACGAACAAUCGUGUAUCUGGCUGUAAUGACCAUGCCAUCACCAUCGAGGAUUCACCGCUGAGUGCCAAAACUGGUGGUAGUAGGUGGUUACGAGUUGAGUGCCAAAACUGGUGGUGAUAGGUGGUUACGAACCAGCUGUGACGAGCUGUCUGUAGUGGUGUUGUGGUACAAAAUAAAGAUAAAAAGAGUAUAUUUUUAGAGUUUAUUAGGGCA